AUGGAUCUGGCAACGGGUGCCAUGGUCUCCCUCCUCCCCAAGCUAAGCGAGCUCCUCAAGGAGGAGCACAAGCUGUCCAAGGGCGUCAAGAAAGACGUUGAGUUUCUCUCACGAGAGCUGACCCACAUGCAUGUCGCCCUACACAAGGUCGUGAGGGUGCCACAUGACCAAGAGCUUAUCGGGGAGGUCAAGCUCUGGGCCGACGACGCCAGGGAGGUGUCGUAUGAGAUGGAGGAUAUCAUCGAUAGCUUCCUGGUGCCACCUGUUGACAGCUCUGCGCCCGCUGAUGACCCGCACACACGGCUCAAAAGGAUCACCAAGAAGAUGGCCAAAUUGUUCAAGAAAGACAAGACCCGUGAUCAGUUGGUCGCCGAUGCCAUCAAAGACAUCAAGGACAAGGUCCAGAAGGUGUCCGACCGACCAGGAAGAUAUGAUGUUGCUGCUAAUUUAGCAGUCACGACAAAAGUUGACCCUCGUCUGUCAGCCGUGUACAAAGAUACGGAGAUUGUUGGGGUGGAAGAACCCAGAGAUGAGCUGGUCAAGAGGCUCACCGGUGGAGAGGAUGGUGUUUCCAAGGACCAACUCAAGAUCCUCUCAAUUUUCGGGUUUGGAGGAUUAGGCAAGACGACUCUUGCCAGGGCAGUCUAUGAGAGACUUCAAGGGCAAUAUGUUCGUGAUGCUUUCGUUGCGGUGGGUCGCAACCCUGACCCGAAGAAAGUAUUGAUGGACAUCUUACUUCAGCUUGACAAGAACAAGAAUUAUAAGGCACACAAUUUAGCCAUGUUGGAUGAAAUACAGCUCAUCGAUGAACUCCGGGGACUGCUUGAGAACAAGAGGUACUUGAUUGUUAUUGAUGAUAUAUGGGACAUAAAAGCAUGGGAAAUUAUCAAGUGCGCUUUCAUGGAUAGUAAUUGUGGAAGUAGAAUAAUCACAACUACUCGGAUUUUGGAAGUCGCCACAAUCACUGGUGAUGUUUACAAGCUAAAAGCCCUCUCUCAUCAGAAAUCUGAAGAAUUAUUCUUUACAAGAUUAUUUGGUGGCAAAGGUGAAUGCCCAUAUGAUGAACCGACUGAGUUAUCAGAAAAGGUUUUACACAAAUGCGGUGGUGUACCGUUGGCUAUCAUUACAAUAGCUAGUUUGUUGGCUGGUAAACCAAAGGAGUAUUGGUCUGAGGUGUACUGUUCUAUUGGUUUUGGAAAUGGAGACAAUGAACAUGUCGAGAACACGAGAAUAAUAUUGUCAUUUAGCUAUUAUGAUCUGCCUGGGCAUUUAAGAACUUGUUUGUCGUAUUUAAGCAUUUACCCUGAAGAUUACAAGAUCAACAAAGAAACUUUGAUAUGGAAGUGGAUAGCCGAAGGUUUUAUUCACGAAGACUCGGGAAUAGGGUUAUUUGAGCUCGGAGAGAGAUACUUCAACGAGCUCGUGAAUAGAAGCAUGGUUCAGCCGGUAGAGCAAGAUGGUGCCAUAUAUGCAUGCAUAGUUCAUGAUAUGGUGCUCGAUAUGAUCCGUUCAUUGUCGAAUGAGAAAAACUUUGUUAUCAUAUUAGAUGGUACAGAGGAAGCAGCCACAUCCUCCCGUAUAAAUGCUCGUAGGUUAGCCAUCCAAAAGAGCAUCGUAGAGCCACACAUUAACCUUUUGUCUAACACACACUUGUCGCAAGUGAGGUCGUUCAACGCGACCGGAUGUCGUUUUAGCACACCAAUGACGCUGUCUCUUUCAAGCUUUUGCGCUUUACGCGUCCUAGCUAUGGAAAGAUGCACUUUCACCGAAGGCCAUCUUUAUCAGCCCGAGCAUGUCGGGAGGUUGCUUCAGUUGAGGUACCUAGGUCUUUACAGUACACGUACUCUUGAGCUCCCUGAAGAAAUAGGGGAUCUGAUGUUGUUGCAGACACCGGACUUGAGAUUUAGUGGGAUAAAAGAGUUGCCAUGCAGCAUCGGUCGGCUGAGGCAACUCAAAUGCCUCCGCGCCGACGGUGAAUCCUUUAGAGUGCCGGAUUGGAUCGGCAACCUCACGUCCCUGGAAGAGCUAUCCUUGCACGACGUUCCAGCAAGCUUCAUGGGGGAGCUGGGAAAGCUGACAGAGUUGAGGGACCUCAGGUUUAGGAUUCAGAGCAUACAUCCGAGUUUGAAGCAAGUCUUGGUGGAUUCCCUGUGCAACCUGAAGAAGAUACAAGUCCUGCAGAUGAAUGGUCCCUGGUUCAACGACGACCCCAACUGGGAAGCCUACGUGCCCACUCCGCAGCUGCGCCGCCUUGUGCUCUGGUUCAGGUUUCAGAGGCUGCCGGAGUGGAUCACCCCGGCGUCUCUCCCAAACCUCUCGCACCUGACCGUGGAGGUGGCCUCUGCGGCGGCGCACGAUGUGGAGACUCUCGGGAGGUUGCCCCAGCUCGUGAGCCUCGACUUUGCUACGCCGUACGACAUGAUCUUCCCUGCAGUUGGUGGCGCCAUGUUCCCGAGGUUGGUGUCGUGCGGGACGCAUGUGCCGUUGAGGUUUCUGCCGGGAGCCAUGUUGGGGCUUGAGUCCGUUGGUUGCAGCGUCAAGGUACGGCACCUCAAGGACGCUCACAUGGACUUAAACCUUGCGUUGGGCAGCUUACGAAAUCUCCCUUCGCUUCAGAGGGUGAAAGUUGAAAUCCGCAGCUUUGGUGCCACUGACGCGGAGGUGGAGGAGACGGAGGCCGUGCUGAGGCACGAGGUCGACAUCCAUCCCAACCAUCCGGUCCUUCGUCUGUCUCUGCAAAAAUGUUAA